GUGCAGUUGUUGUGUGGAAGCGCAAAAGAAAUCAUUGCUGAAGAGAAAAAAACUUUGUACGUGCAUAUGGAAUACCUUUAUUCGCGCUUUUGAUUCCACCAGCUCGUUUUUUCCGUCUAGCGUGACGCGAUGGCUCGCUUUGGAGACGAUCUGCCCACCCGCUAUGGAGGUCCAGCGGGCGCUGGGAGAGGGGGUGCCCGGGCAGGAGGUCCCUCGGGCGGUCAAAGAAUGUACAAACAGUCGAUGGCUCAGAGAGCCAGGACAAUGGCUUUAUAUAAUCCUAAACAAACCAAACAGAACUGCUUCACUGUCAACCGCUCUUUGUUCAUCUUCAGUGAGGACAAUGCCAUCAGGAAAUACGCCAAAAGAAUAACCGAAUGGCCUCCAUUUGAGUACCUGAUCCUCACUACCAUCAUCGCCAACUGCAUCGUACUGGCCCUCGAACAGCAUCUCCCCGCCAUGGACAAGACCCCCAUGUCUGAACGCCUGGACGACACAGAGCCCUACUUUAUUGGAAUAUUCUGUUUCGAGGCCGGCAUUAAGAUCAUCGCUUUGGGCUUUGUGUUUCACAAAGGCUCUUACCUACGCAACGGCUGGAACGUAAUGGACUUUGUGGUUGUUCUGACAGGGAUUUUAACCACAUUGGGUUCCCAGUUUGACUUAAGGACAUUGCGGGCCGUCAGAGUGCUGAGACCCCUCAAACUGGUGUCUGGAAUCCCAAGUCUUCAAGUAGUAUUAAAGUCCAUUAUGAAGGCCAUGGUUCCACUUCUUCAGAUUGGACUGCUGCUCUUCUUUGCCAUUGUUAUGUUUGCCAUCAUCGGCGUCGAGUUCUACAUGGGCAAAUUCCACUUCACCUGCUUUAAAGUGGAUACAGGCGAAAAAGUUGGUGAUUACCCAUGUGGAACAGAACGUCCCGCAAGAGUGUGUCCCAAUGGAACAGUAUGUAAGGAGUACUGGACAGGACCCAACUUCGGCAUCACAAAUUUCGAUAACAUACUCUUUGCCAUCCUCACAGUCUUCCAGUGCAUCACCAUGGAAGGAUGGACCGAUGUACUAUACCAUCUACAUCCUGAAACUGAUUUUGGACAGGCUUUUUAUGCAGCAUAA